AUCCGACCGAGUCCUGGCGAAUGGUCAGGCACACAGCCAGUGCUCACUGACAGCUGUGGGCCGACUCUCAGCUGCUUGUAGCUGGUGCUGUGCGUCCGACAUUGCUCACAGAGGGUUAGUGCCUCCUGACCUCACAGUCCUCUUGGGCUGGGGCGCUCCCGAUUCCGCGGUGUCCCUGCUUUUCGGUCCCCGACGGAGGGCAGCCUAGCGGUGACGCGGGUUUCCCAGCCGGCAGGUUUAGGACGCGGCACCCGGAAGUGGCGGCUGGAGCGGGAGCGCUGAGUUGUCGGGCGGCGGGACAGCGGCCCGGAAUAGGGGGCGGGGGCGUUGGUCAUGUUUCCCUUCGGGCCCCACAGCCCGGGCGGGGACGGGGCGGCUGGAGCUGAGGAGCCGCCGCCUCUCGGAGGGCCGGCGGCAGCUUCCAGACCGCCCUCUCCAGCUCGGCGGCCGGCGCCUCCACAGCAGGGAGCUGACGCGGCCCCUCCCCCGCCGGCAGCCCGCAGCCCUCGCCUCCCGGGCGGCCCCGCACUGUCCCCGGGCGAGCGCGCCGGAGAGCCCGCGGGCCCCGGAGCUCUGGAGUUGUCGGCUGCUGCUGCUGCAGCGCAGGCGGAGCUGUCACCGUCGUCCUCGCCGCGCAGGCGCUCGAGGCCAGACUGCAGGGCCGGCAGCCGGAGCCGGCAGGGCCUCGGCGCGGGCCUGGGCGGCCCCGGCGCCAGACUGUUCGGCUGGCUGAGAGAGCGAAGCCUCGGCCGCGGGCUGUUCGUGGACCCGGCGCGGGACAACUUCCGCACGAUGACUAACCUGUAUGGCUCCAUCCACCCGGCAGACUCCGUGUACCUCAGCACCCGCACCCACGGUGCUGUCUUCAACCUCGAGUAUUCGCCCGACGGGUCAGUGCUGACAGUUGCCUGUGAACAGACUGAAGUUCUGCUUUUUGACCCUAUUUCUUCAAAGCACAUAAAAACCCUUUCUGAAGCGCAUGAAGACUGUGUGAAUAAUAUCAGAUUUCUUGAUAACCGGCUAUUUGCUACCUGCUCUGAUGAUACUACAAUAGCACUGUGGGAUCUGAGAAAAUUGAACACCAAAGUAUGCACUUUACAUGGUCACACUAGCUGGGUGAAGAACAUCGAAUAUGAUACUAAUACAAGACUCUUAGUAACAUCAGGAUUUGAUGGAAAUGUCAUUAUUUGGGACACUAACAGGUGCACAGAAGAUGGGUGUCCACAUAAGAAAUUCUUUCAUACACGUUUUCUCAUGAGAAUGAGAUUAACACCAGAUUGUUCCAAAAUGUUGAUCUCAACAUCCUCUGGAUAUCUCUUGAUUUUGCACGAUCUAGACUUAACUAAGUCUUUAGAAGUAGGCAGCUAUCCCAUUUUGAGAGCAAGAAGAACUACUUCAAAUUCAGAUUUGACCACUUCAUCAAGUUCUUCUGGUUCUAGAGUUUCUGGUUCACCUUGUCAUCACAGUGAUGCUAACUCAUCUGAGAAACACGUGUCCCGAGCCUCUCAACGAGAAGGAGUUUCACCACGAAAUAGUCUUGAAGUCUUAACCCCUGAAGUUCCUGGUGAGAGGGAUCGUGGAAACUGCAUCACAUCCUUGCAGCUGCACCCCAAAGGCUGGGCCACCCUUCUUCGGUGCUCAAGCAACACUGAUGAUCAGGAGUGGACUUGUGUCUAUGAAUUCCAAGAAGGAGCUCCAGUACGACCUGUCUCACCUCGCUGUUCCCUGCGCCUGACUCAUUACAUCGAAGAAGCCAAUGUGGGCAGGGGCUACAUCAAAGAACUUUGCUUCAGCCCUGAUGGACGGAUGGUCUCUUCCCCACAUGGCUACGGGAUUCGCUUGUUGGGAUUUGACAAACAGUGCAGUGAGCUUGUUGACUGUUUACCCAAAGAGGCCAGUCCCCUGCGGGUGAUCCGUUCUCUGUACUCUCAUAACGAUGUGGUCCUGACAACAAAGUUCUCUCCAACACACUGUCAGAUUGCCUCAGGGUGCCUUAGUGGACGGGUCUCUUUGUAUCAGCCAAAGUUUUAGGCACAACUUACAUCAAAUAAGGAACUCUUCUGGUGUUUGGCUUAUGAAUUACUUCAAUUUAGGUGAAGUAUUUUCUUUUUUAGAAGAUCUUAUAAGUUUGGGUCAAGAUCUUGGUUCUUAUGGGUUGGUGAACACACAUGUGACCUGAGUACUUGGCCAUCCGGCAUCAUCUGGGCAUCUCCGUUUCGACCAUGCAGCAUCAUCUGUCAGCAUUCCUUUGCUCCUGCUCUCUGUGCCACUGAGCUUGGGUUUUCUUGGUCAUUUUGCAUGUGGCUCUUGUUCUCUCCCCCACCCCCAUUCCACCACUCCUCCCUGCCUCCCUUCCUCUUUUUUGAUUUUGGUAUGAAUUUUGCGACCAUUUGACAAGAGUCAUGGUUGGGAUGAGGAAAAACCCAUGGCACUAGUCUUAAAUAAAACCCAGAAGUUGGAUGUUGGCACGCCAGUUGUUGAAAGAAGAAAAGUCAUCUUCAUUUAUCAGUACACUUGGCCUUUAAAGUCGCUGUCAAAUACUGAGCACAGAUAAUGGCAUUAUUCUCAUAACUGAUACUCUUGCAGCAAAAUACCUUUUUAAAAUUUCCUGUUAAAAUUACACAUUAUCUCAUGUGAGAUUUUUGUUGUGAAAUUCUAGAAAAAUAUUACAACUUCUUUGUAAUUUAUUUUACUUGUAUGAAUUUAAAAUCUCCAGCAUGUGUCUUUAUUUGAUAUUUUGUUCCUGUCAGUAGCAUUGGAAAGGAAAGGAAAAGGAAUAAGCUUGGUCACUUCUGUUGUACAGAAGAUCUGUUCAUUAGGUUGGUGCAGUGUCUGGCCGUAGAGUGAGAAGAUUAACGUGGCUUAGAUUGGCUGUGACUCUUUGAAUCACACAGAUGAGCUGUUCACAGUGGUGGGGUGGGAGGGAACUCAAAGAUUGUAUUGUUUGUUCCUUCAGCCCGAGAGCAUAAACUCAGCUCUCCCCGUUAGUGAAAAGGGAGCUGUAGUCCUCUAAGUGGUUGUCAUAAACUCAGCUCUCCCCGUUAGUGAAAAAGGAGCUGCAGUCCUCUUUAAGCUGUUGUCAUAACCCGACAGUCAGUGACUUGAGUAGCACUUCUGUCUUGUGUUUGGUUAUGGAAAGUAUCAGGCAAGGUGUGAACACAAGGCUCGCCCUUCUUGAAUGGGCAACAUCCUUCCGGUCUCUGCUGCAUUGAUUGGCACUGUGUUGAGAUAUGCUUGAAGCUGUCAUAAUUUAAGCCAGGCAAGUAGCCUUGCUCUCUUUGGUCACAUGCCCUUUAGGCCAGUGUUUCUCAAAUGUUAGGAUGCAGUAUAAUCCUUGAAGGAUUUGUGAAGAAUGCAGGACUCUGGGCCUGACCUGACUGACCUUCGAAGACCGAUUUAGGCAGGGAAAGGACUCCGUUUGUAAUAAACAGAACCUUAAAUCAUCUGUAUCCAGGUGGCCUCCAGGUCAUAGUUUGAAAACACAGCCUGAAAUUGCAGUAGGUGUUUCUGUAUCCAUUUGGUGCUUAACACAGUUCCCACAAGCUAUUUCAGCUCUUUAAACAGUAAUAAUAAUAAAUCAACAAGAGCAAUUUUAGAGGAGCAGAUAACUCGAAGUGGUAUUUAUUUUAUUGUUGAACAAAUGAAAGAAGUUAAAUGAUUUGCCUAAGGUCAUACAAAGUUAGUGGUAAAGCCAGGGCUAAAAUUCAAGUCUCAAUUCCUUGCUCAGGGCAGUUUCUACUGUAUUAUGCAGGCCGUUAAAAACAUCAGUGAUUAUGGGCAUUUUGUCUUUAGGUUAUAUUAUUGUGAAUAAGAUGAUCAGAUUGGGAAAGACAGGCAUGUAGGUAGAUGCUGAGAGUUUUAUCCAUAGCAAAAAAAAGUAUUUUAAUACUUACAGAAAUGUUUAAGUAGCCCAAAUACAUGAAUAAAUACAGUUUUUUUCUAGUGCCCAUUAUUCCCGCAACUGUAAGAGCUUGUGUCUCACUGAGAACAGUAUUAGCUCCAGGACAGUCUUUAAAAAUUAGAUCUUCUUAUCAUAGAUGUUGGAAAAGCUGGAAGUUUUAUAGUCAUUGAAAAAAUAACAAAGCACAGUGAAAAUCAUAGGCUUGCUUCCAUAGGUUUGAAAAACAAAAUUUUUUUCCCAAAGAAAAUAGUUUAGGAGGAAAAUAUUACAAUCAAAACUAUCACAAUUAAAAACCAUUAAGUAUAAAGAUGAAGUUGACAUUCAAAAGAAGAUCAUAAUUGUUAACAGUUUGGAAAGAGUUCUGUGUCAGACAUUAUACCCACAUGUCACCUAAGUCAAGCCAGGGAUUCUUCAAUCACUGUUUUUGAAUACCUACUGUGUGUUAAAGAAUGUGUGUGUCUGCUUUACCACUGGCCCUAUAGACACCUUUACAAGGUGGGUGGACUGAGCCUCCAAUCAUGUUGAAGACAGCAGUGGGUCAGGAAAACGAAGUGACCUGCCUGAAGCCGCAGUUGGCAGUGGGAGGCAGCUCUGGAUUCAGACCCAGGUUUGCCUGUUUAUUCUAUUGCUAAGUCUGUACUCACUCCUCUACCAUUCUGCCCCUAAAUUCAUGAAGGAUGAGCUACACUGGUCUGUUAGUUUAUGUGCUCGGUAUCUUCUGCAAAUUUUUAUUACAAGGCUGGCCUCAUUCCCUUUCAGUACUGUAUAAAAACAUUUCAGACGCUGAUGUUUCCAUGAGACUGAAGAUCCUAACCCCCGGCAUACAUGUGGGCCAGUCCUAAGCGAAAAACUAAGCAGGGCAAGCACCCGUGAUUUUGAAAAAAAUAUAGAUGAUAGUCAGCCUUGUGUGAAAGCAAAGCUACAUAGAUGAGACCUGAGAAGAGCCGGCAGACUUAGCAGGGAACCGUUGCUCUUCGAGGUAGAGUCAGGGUCAAGAAAAUAGCAGGCAGUAUUAACCAAAAAUUAAAGGGCCUCAGAAAACUUAUACUACUGGAAAAAGUUACAUAUUACCAUCUUAAGGUCCCAUUUUAACAGUCUAAAAAUCUGGUAUUUUUUACUGUUUUAUUAAGUCACUUUUAUUAUAAUUGGUAGAAGUAUAUUAUAAUUGAUAAUGAAGUUAUUACUAUUGGUAAAUCUUGGUAAGUCAGUCAUGCUAGCCAAAAGCUUCCUUCAGAACAUCAAUUAGUGGGAAUGCUAUGCUGAAUGACUUAGGUGCAUCAAAUAUACAGUAGUUGCUUAUUUUCAAUCAGGAAGUGAAGGGCUAAAAUAAGAGACUUGUUUUUAAAAAAAAUGUGUGAUCAUGGGGCUGGAGAGAUGGCUCAGCAGUUGAGAGGAAGAGCAGUCUUCCAGAGGACCCAGGUUCAAUCACCAGCUCCCAACUGUCUGUAACUCCAGUUCCAGGACUUGUCACCUCCCCCAGACGUACAUGCAGGUAAAAUACCAGUGAAGUGACCACAGCUGGGGGCGGGGGACGAUGACACCUUUAAUCCCACCACUGGCGAGGCAGAGGUCAGUCUGGUCUACAUACUAAGGUUCCAGGCUAGCCAGAGUUAUACAGUGAGACUCUUUUUUUUUUAAGCGUUGUCUUUUUUCUCCAAGCCCAAAUCAUAAGUAUAUUUUAUUAUUUCUCCCUAUUGUAUCCCUAAGAAGCCACAACAAAAAUUUUAAGGAAACAACGCAAAGAAGAGAGAAAUGUCAUGUCCCUUCCGCUUGUACCUAGGACCAGGUCACCGAAUAGAAUCUUGAAGGUGGUUGUUCUAGCUGAGUAUAGGGGAAGCACCCCAAGAAUCUCUUAGAAGACUGGCAUGUCUCAUGUUGGGGUAUGCAGCACUGUGUCUGUUACACUUGGCUUUUAUUUUAUUUUAUUUUAUUUUUUUUUCGAGAUAAGGUUUCUCUGUGUAGACCUGACUAUCUUGAAACUCACUUUGUAGACCAGGCUGGCUCCCAACUCAGAGUUCCCUCUGCUUUUGCCUCCCAAGUGCUGAGAUUAAAGGCAUGCACCACCAUGCCAGGCUUUUGUUUGGCUUUUAUAAAAGCAGGAGAUACGGCCUAGUAACUUCCUGGUGAUAAUCCUCCUCAUUCAGGGACCAGUGGUCCUUGGGUGCUGUAUAGGUUCACUCAGUAACACCUGUUGGGCGUGAAGGAAUCCAUAUAUAUGAAUUCUGUCUGGAUAACUAAUGCGCAGCUCUUCAGCGCCAACGUUUUAAAUUUGUACUUCACUUUGAUGCAAGUCUCCUUAGGUAUGGUAGUCUACCUCCCUGCCUUCUUCCACAGCAUGCGCAGUCUAAUUUGUCUUAUCAUGAUGAAGUUACAUUCAUGAUGUGUUAUUGCAAAUACCCCAUGAGCUCUGAUACCUGUAGAACUUUUCAUAGAACACAAAGGGCUAUAAGAAAUGUGAGGGAUAUCUCUUAGCAAGUGAUUCUCACAACUACGUAAUUAUUUGCCUCAUUGUUAGCUUUAAAAAAAUGUAUUGCGAAGUAACGCGUUCCAUCAACAGGCCUGUUUCUAACAGGCUUCUAUUCUGUGCUGUCUUCAAGUUAUGGGCUGUGACAUGAGUUAACCGGUCCUGGUCGUUGCCCACAAAAGUAACCGGGCAAACUCUGGGCACACAGUGAGGCAGCUCCUCUGGCUGUGUUCUACUCACCAGCUGAACAAUGAAGCCCCCAGCUAAAGGUGAGGCUACUUUCCCAGUGCAACCAAGUGAGAGAUGUAUAAACUAAAGCUGCUGCUGGAUUAAAACCUAGCAUUGGCCCGAAGCACAGUAUGAACACCAGCUCUGCAUCUGCAGGGGUCCUUCCCGCUUCUAGGACCAGAACAGUGCAGACAAGGAAGGACACUCCAGGAGGCCUAAGACCGUAGCGAUGCCCUUGAAACCACUGAAAUGUGUGCUUGAGGGUCACACUAGAAGACGCUGUCCAGUACGAGCACACUAACAUGGACAUCCUAGAGACCCCUCCCGUUCAGAUGGUAAUGGAAAUGAUCACCCACAGGAAAGUCUCCAGGUGGCCUUUAUGCUGCUGUUUUGAGUUGUGAAUGACCUGAUAGAGGAGGGUUAGUCAAAAGCCCCAAGGAGCACAUCGUAAUGCACAUAUCUUUUGAAUGUAUGUAUAUAAACGUCACUAUAAGUGACACCCCAGGAGUAAUAAUGUUCAGGAUUUAAAUCUGGUCACAGUCUUUAAGAUAGGCCGAAUCUGUAGCUUUCCCAAGGCUCUGGCUCAUAGAUUUCAUGGCUUUCACACUAAAGAAUAGAUACUUGAAUUUUCUUCCAAAUUUGACUGCAUUUUUCAUCUCCAAACUGCUUUUUUUUUCCCCCAAACAUUAGGUUUGUAUUUUUGGCAAACUUGAUUUAUUCUAGUUAAUAAGCUGUCAACCAGAACACUUUCUCACAGGGUCUAAGGUGCUAUUGGUCCUUUGGCUAGACUGUGCGCUCCUUGAGGGCAGGGCUAUCUUUAUUCUUGUAUCCAUGGUGCCUGGGAGAGGAUCUGGCAGAGUAGUUGUUCAAUAAAUAUCUUUGAAUGAAUCAAAUGAA